AUGGAGUCCUCUGGCGCAGACAAGGGUUUCUUUCAACACCCUCCAGCCCUACCAAACCAGUUUUACGAUGAUGUAACCUUCCAGCGCUGCUUCAAACUCUUUUUGCCAACCGAUUUGAGAGAUGAGAUUGAGCCAGAGGUUGCAAAACUCGGCCAGGAAGUCUUGACCGACAGGAUAUUCGCCUGGAUCUCAGAUGCGGAGCGUAACAAGCCUUACUUGCGGGGCUCCGGCCGAUCUGCAUUUGGAAAAUGGAAAGGAGAGCUCGUCAUGACCGAAGGAUGGCGCAAGCUACAGGAAUUUGGUUUCGCAAAGGGGCAAGUCAUCACGAUGCAGGAUGGCGCCGCUCGAAUGCUCCAGUUGCAUCUGACCACUCCAAGUCUAUCGUCCAAGCUGUCGGAGACAGAGAAGAGAGUUUACGAAAGCGCAUUUCAGCAUCUGAUCUCGCGAGAUCCCAAGCGCACUUGGACCAGCGGCCAAUGGAUGACUGAGCGGCGUGGAGGAAGCGACGUGUCUUUGUCCGAGACGACGGCGGUUUAUCGUCCAAAUGAAACGAAUGCGCUGGCCUCCAAAGAGGAUGAUAUCCCUCUUGGUCCAUGGAGCAUCAACGGAUUUAAGUGGUUCUCCUCUGCUACUGAUUCCAACAUGACGAUUCUUCUUGCGCGCACUCCGGCUGGUAAACUCUCGACUUUUAUCGCGCCGCUUCGAAAACACGAUCCUUCGGCUCUAAACGAGUCCGGAAACCCUGAUCCAAGCGGCCAGUGCCUCAACGGAGUGCGUAUUCAACGUCUCAAGAACAAGCUCGGGACUCAGUCUCUGCCCACAGCAGAGCUCGUGCUGGAAGACAUGCGUGGAUGGCUCAUUGGAGAUGAGAACCGUGGCAUUCAAGAGAUCUCCGUGCUGCUAAACUUGACUCGCAUCCACACAACCAGUCAAGCUGUCGGAUACGCAGGCCGCGGUCUAGCAGUUGCUCGAGCGUUUGCACGAGUGAGAGAAGUUGGCGCUGGAAGAGGCGCUAGAAUGAGACUAACCGACAGUUCGCUGCACAUGAAGACGCUGGCCCGGAUGACUGCAGAGUACAGGCGGCUGAUGCUGCUUCACAUGUUCACCGUCUAUAUCCUGGGGCUCUCUGAGCAUCCGACGGAAAAAGAUGCGGAUAAGGGAUCAGCAUCAGCAUCAGCGCUACAGGCAUUAACUCCCGCACUAAGGGAUGUAGCGCCGCUAUUAAGAGUCCUUACGCCGGUGACCAAAGCAUAUGUUUGCAAUUCAGCUCUGACUCUGCUCUUCUCUUGUAUGGAGUCGAUUGGCGGUGUUGGCUAUCUCUUAAAUGAAGAGUCAGAGUAUCUCAACAUUGCGCGGCUGUACAGAGACUGUGGCGUACUGCCGAUCUGGGAGGGCACAACAGAUGUGCUGAGCACCGACUUCAUCAGAGCACUAAAACGCCCCGAAACUGGAGUGCAAUCAAUAGAUGCACUGGACAAUUUCAUCAGGCAGGCGUUUGCGUUCCGUGGAGAUGCCGCGGCUUAUCGAGACGUAGUGCAAAAGUGGGACAAGGUGAAAACUCGUGUCACUAAAGAGUCACAAGCCGAUCUCGUUGGAAAAGCGAGGGACCUGAUGUGGUCUGUGGCGGAAGUCUUGAUGGCGGCCUUGCUGCAUGCUGAUGCAAACAAUAGCGGCGGUGCAGCCGAGCGAGAGAUACUCCAGCGUUACCUGGAAGAUAAAUUCUCGGCACCAGAGCGGGUUAGCGUGACGACGAGGGAGGAGCUGGUAAGGGAUUUCUCGAUUGUCUAUGGAGAGGAGCAUGUGAAGACGACUUCCCAUCUGUGA